CCGACGUACACACAUUAAGCCGAGAGCCGCCCAGGGGGCUGUUCGUGCACCUCUUGCCGCUGCCGCUGCCGCUGCCCACCGGCCUGCCCUGGAUGACGGGCUCCCGCGCUAGUCCGCGGAGCAGAGACGCAGCCAUGAAUCUGGGGGAUGGUUUAAAGCUUGAAACUGAAAUACUGGAUGGAAAACCUAGAUUGAUAGUGGCUCCUUGUGUAAGUAAGUCGAAACCAGGCAUAAGGAUAUGUAAUAAAAACAAGAUCUUAAAAUACACAUCAAGAUCAAAACCAAAUGGGCAUAUUCUGAAAUCAGUGCAAACAUCCUGUGAGAAGAAUGAGUGUUUAACAAAACAGAAAACUGGAUCAAGACUUUCAGUGACCAAAGGUAGUAAACAUCCUGAAACUCUGAUGUUUACCAAGGAUUCAUCAAAAGAACCCUGUAAUAGAGAUGAUGCUUUUAUAAUCCAAAAAGACAAUACAACUGCAAAGCCAGAUAAUACGAAAGUUUCAGUUAAGAAACCUUUGGCAUCCAACAAGAAAUUUAAAAAGCAUUCUGCUUCUGUCGAGGAUCUAAGGGACAAUUUGGUAUGUUUAACACAACAGCAGCUGGAGCAGAUUUUAAUGGCAGUAAAAGAAGGAAGCCAAGCAGCCCCUCAGGUUCGGGAUGAGAAGAAAGCAGAAACAAUAUCGAACUAUUCAGACACCAAAACUCUUGCUGAUCAGACUUCAGAAGAAAAUGUAAUGGGAUUACUUCAGAAAGUUGGUGAUGUUCCAUCUCUUCCAAGUGAAAGUAGUUGUUGUUCAAACAAAAAACAAGGAAUCUCUAGACAUGCUGUACAGAAAAUAAUAAUGAAUUCAUGGAAACCAGCUGACAUGUUUAGUACUCUGGGAGAACGAGAGUGGGAUAAAACCUUGUUAGAUGCUAAGAAAUCUCAGUGGAAGAAAGAACUAG